AGCCCUGGAUUCAUUCCGCUUGCGGCGCACAGUGGCACUAACCGUAUCUGGGCAUGACGCUGCCCAAGGGCUCUGCGGCCAUCCAAGAAUUGCUCAUUUCCACGAAAAAGGUGUGCAGUUGAUCGGAAGAGGCGAACAGGUGGCUGGAGAUGUCGAGGUGGUGUGCUGAUAUGCGGUGACUGUGGCUCUUGGUUGGAUGAUGGCCCUUGGACAACGGUAUGCUGCCGUAUAUUUAUUCUGCGCAAUUUCGCCCGCCCGCUGCCUCGCGCGCAGCAGCCUGCGCCAUCCCAGCCCGUUCUGGCGGAGGACGCGCCUCACCACAGUCAGGCCACUCGGGGCCUCCCGAGCGCAGGCCCAGCCCGGUCGCAUCGCCAAGUUUUCUAGCGCCGCGCCAGUCCGACUCGCUUGCCUGCCCCGGUUGGGCCUGGCGCCCCCACAACUUCCCGAAACCGCGUGCAGCCGCACGCUACGCCCGUACUCCCAUCUCCCACGCUUCCUUCUCAUCCACGAACGAGUCACUGAAGAUCGAUCGCGAGACUCCUCCGGCCGUCUCCGCCGUUACAGCGAAGUCGGCACCCACGUCGUCCUGGCUGUUGUCGCAACGACCGUGUCCUCCUGUAUGGGGGGGACAUAGGAGUAAUCCGUAGAGUAGGGACCGGUCUCCCCGUGGCUCGUCAGACGCCACCUCCGGGUAUAGCACAUGGUUGAUCUCACGGCUGUCAAAAGGCCCUGCAUGCACGCAACCGCCACCACGCCGCCGGGAACAACCGCUACGCCCACGCCGAACAUGGCAGCACAACGAACCCGAACACUCAACUAGCAGGGAAAAAUUAUGGUCGAACGCCUGACGCCAUCGUA